AUGAAGCAGACCUGGUGGUUCAUCGCCGGCAUGUCCCCACGUGUACAGCUGGAGAUGAUGGUCAAGACAGCUUUCUUGCUCUCCUUCUUCCCCAAGGGGGGGCGCAUAGCCUCGAGCGUUGUUCACCCAUCGGCCCAAGACCUGGUCCAGCACGAGAUGCUUCGGAGCUGUGGGGCUCGUGGUCCAUGCAUCCGAGCGCUUCGCGGCGGGUCGCUGUCAGGAUCGUUUGAGGAGGGCAUGUUUGCCACAACAGAGCCUGAAGAACGCUCCAAGUCCGUGAGCGAGGAGGCCAACGUUCGAGGCCUCCUGAAGCGGGACAACCCGUCCAAGCUUAGGAUCUACUCAGGGCCGUCGAGGGCGAAGGAGAGGAGGGAGUCCUCGAAGAUCUGGCAGCAGGACUACAACAAGAAGGACAGAGUGAUGCUCUGCAAGCUCUUCGACGCAGCUCAUUGCGACGAGGGGGUCACGCUGGAGGAGGGGGGGACGAUGCUGACAAGUAGUGAGGGCAGGCCAUCCUGCUGCGCUCUCUCGCAUCUGAUCUCCGUCAAGAAUGAGAGCCUGUACUACCUGGAGGCUGAGUUCAAGUCAGAGCAGCCGCUGGCAGUUUUGAGCUCCAACAUGUCGGAGGACAUUUACAAGUUCGGAAUGAACAUGGAGAGGAUGGACGACCACGACCAUGCUGGCAGUGUGCUGGGAGUGAUUCUGGAGGAGAGUUCCGAUCUCUUGAGCCACAGCUUGUCCCCCAACAACAGCAUCACGUGGCAUCAGUUCGGCUACUUGUCCAUGAAUCCGCUGUCCCACAAGACGGAGCUGAAGAAGUGCGAGGGGAUGUUCGGGUCGCUGCGGAGAGACGGAUACAUGUUUCACUCCGGUGAUCGGGUAGGGCUCUUGGUCGACACGCACAGGAUGAAGGUAUCCUUGGAGCAGAUCGGAUUCACAAGGAACGGGCGGCUCGUACAGAACCUCACCCGGUCCCUUAGAGAUGUCCUCCCGAAGCACGACUUGCGCAUGUUUGUGGGCUGCCAUGACUCGCAGGUUUCUUGGAAGGUGGUCCCCGACGAGACAGCGAUAAAGACCCUGAAGGCGAUCGAUUGGAAGGAUUGGGUGGCAGAUCUUCAUCCAAACGACCCUUACACUGUCUCCAAGAUGUUUCACGCUGCCGAGUACCUCCUCACUCCUGAGGUUUACGAGGAAUUCCACGACAUCAUGCUGGAUCCUCAAUGGCCAAAGCUCGGCUAUCGUUUCGAUCAGAAUCCUGAGUUCCGGGAGAUGGUGGAGCGCAUGAUGGGAAGGAAGGUGAGGGAGGAAGAGCUGUACUCUGGCGAGGAGGAGUAUCGUCCAGAGUGGGGCCAGGAGACCCAGGAAGACUCAGACUGA